AUGGCGUCCAAGAAAAAACCUGCGAAAGUGCCACCUGUUCUUUCUACCUCAAGAGACCUCGUGCCAGUAGGGCCACAACAUGUCCAAGCCUCAAAACAUGGAGGCAAACGAGAUGAAAAUGGUCUCAAACCUACCACUUCUCGAGCCCUGGUCUUACGAAAUGGUAAAUUUGGAGCAAGAGGCACCGGGGAGGUUAUGCUUUCAAGUAAGAUGAGCGGUAGGGAAAAACUUGAUUUGCUUGCAGAGGACCUUGUCAAUGAGCAUGCACGAACUGCUGUAAUGUCACCUCUGAAACUGGCAAAAUGUAUCAAGAUCGCAGACUCUCAGUUCAAUUCAUACUUGGAUGAUAUCACUAAUCUACAAGACCCGGAAUCUUUCCACCGUAAGAUCACCGAGGAACUCAACGCUCGUACACCAUAUGGAACGACGAAGAAUGGCAGGGAGGUGCGAUCAGAUCCCUCCUAUGUGGCGUCCAUCAUCGCAAUCAGGAUUCACAAUACGUACAUGGUCGCUUCAGCAUGGAAGAUAGUCCUCAGCUCUUUGCGAGCGCUUGAGAAGUCAGGCCUCGAUGACGCAACGGCUCACAUCCAGCUGCAAAAGGAUCAGGGUUUAUUAUCGCGUUAUCUUAUUGUUUGUGAUUUGGUCUCUAACCUAGUUGAUCUUGGUCAAAAGAAAUUCUCUGUGCUUGCCACCACUACGCCACAUUAUGCUCGUUACUUCAAGGCGGUUGAGAACACCGAUCCAGGUGAACCCGAGAUAGCCUUUGACUGGGCUGGUCUCAAGGAUGCAUGCAAGUCAUUCUUAGACUCUAUCAUCAUUGAGCUAUGCUUCCCUAAGCAACCCUAUCCAAAGAGGAUUCUAUACCACAUCCUGCACGAUGCAGUUGAUGAGUCCCCAAGAGAAGCGAAACGUUUUCCCCAGACCAUGUGGGAUGCCGUCGGCGAAUUAUCUGUUGUGUUAGAACUCCAGGAGCUUCUUGAUAGUCCUUUGUUAGGACCGCAGGGUGAAAAGAUGAAGCAGACACCUCGCAAGAUGCCCGAGCAGUAUGAGCAAUGGCUUGAUGCGCAGAUAUUUUCCCAGCAAGCAUCGAAUAACUACGCCAAUUUCAAGGACCUCGUUUUCCCGCUCAGCCGCACUGAAGACCGGGCAGUCCUCAAAGACAUGUGGAAACACGUCGAUGUGAAUUACAACAGCGUUUCCAACAUGUCCAUAGAUACUCUUUGGCAGCUCGACGAAGCUCUCCGCCGUACACCUCAAUGGAGUGCAUUCUAUGUCCCUCACCUUGCAGGUCACGAUUCAGAUUCAGACGAUGGGGGUAAUUUGGGUUUGAUCCCAGUCAAGAGCAAAGGCGGAAAGAAAGGCGGUGGACACAAACGACCAUCGAAGAAGAUGCUUGCCAUUACCGACGGUCGUGGAGACGACGAGAGUGAUGGCUCCAUGCCUGAGCUCCAGUCCGUCUCCGACUCUUCUGACGAAAGUGACGACGAUAUGAUCGACUCUGACCAGAACUUUGGGGAUGAUGACGACGACAGCGAUGAGUACGGGACAGAAUCUGAAUACGAUUCCGACGAAGACGAGCAAUAUCGCAAUAUGUUGCGAGAGGCUAUGGACACGGCGAUGGCCAUCCCCGAAUUUUUCGAUGCGAAGACUGAAGUGCCCGAGUUCGAAGCGAUAGCUGAGGAGAGGAAGGGCAAUCCGUUCUUAAAGCUCCUUGGUUCAUUAAGAGGACGUAUGUUCUCAUCGAGCGCGAAGCUCAGUUCUGAGAAGCGCGGUGAACCUCGCAAGGGCAUUUUCACUGCCAAGGCUGCCCCAAAGCCCAAGCCAGCUCCAGCCCUUAAGAUCGAUUUGUCCGGUAUUCCAGAGGAUGAGCUACCUCCACUGCGACCCCUUCCGACUCCUCGGAAGAAACGAGUGCCCAAGGCCCUCGGGGCCAAUCCGCCACAUGCUACUGAAGAAAAAGAAAAAGAAGCCAAAGAAGAAGAAGACCGACACGGAUCUGCCUGUCCUCCCCGAAGAUGCCCCGCGUCUCCUGUGACAUCUGCGGCGCGCGUCGCGUCUCCCCCCUCUAGCCCCUCAAAGGCAAACCCUGUUAGGAGGGCCAGCUUGAACAGCUCGGCGACAACCCUUCUCAACAACAUGUCGACUGCUUCAUUGCCGCUGACAGAACAGACCACGGCUCAUUCUGGCCAUUCUUUCCUGCAGGAGAUCCCUCAGAAAGAGAAGAUCAAAUCUCGUCCUGAUCAUGCAUCCAUGUUCAACCGCGGGUUUUUGACCAAGGGCAAAGACAAAGCCAAGGAUAAAGAGGAAAACAAGGAUACUGCGAACAACAAACAUACGUGGUUUUCGAAAUUGGGUAAGAAGACGACUGGGUACAUGCAUCAGCUGCUUCGCGCUGGAGACGACGAGAGACGGGGAGCAAUGAAGUGGGAGAACUUUCUCAAGGUUAUGCGUGACAUGGGCUUUUCUUAUGAUCCCAGUACCGCUGGGUCGUCUGUGCGAUUCGAUCCGCCUAACGAUGAAGAUCGGGUAUCUCACCCGGAUCCUACUCUGUAUCCUGUGAAGAUCAAGGAAUUCGGUAAGAAGUUGAAGGAAUACUAUGGAUGGGAUGAGGAAGAUUUCCUGAAGCGAGCCGCUGCUGCUGCAUAA